UGUAUCAUGUUACAGUAAACAUAUUUAUGUGAAAAAUGACUGAAUUUCUAUACAGAGAAUUUUGUAACCAUGUGUAUUUAGGACAAUGGGAGCUUGCCAGAGCCUGUGCUUUCACUAUAUUCUCAAGUAACGAUGAAAAUGCCGAAAAGCAACUGCUUUCUACUCUUAAAAAUCUUGCUAAGAAUCCAUACUUAGCUAGGCCUGCUUGGAGUUCUUUACCUUGCCCCAGCUAUGCAAACUUCUUAACGUGCCAAUUACUGUUGGACAUAACUGAGGAACCUGGUAUUAAUCUGUGGAGAAAGAAAGCUGAUUUCAAUAUUUUACUAGAAAUAUUUUUAAGGAGUCCUCCAAAUAUUUUACAGGAAUUUUCUUCCCAUUAUUCAAGAAUUUUAUCAUUGGAACAAGUUAAUAGCAGCCAUCAAAACUCUGUUGUACUUGAAAUCUCAAAUGAAGCCAUACAAUCCCUAACAGCAGCUUUUGUAGAAAAUCCAGUAGCUGUGUCUUUGCUUAUUAACAAGUUUUGUUCAAAUGUAGAAACACGUGGUUCAACUACGUACUCAGAGCUGAUACUUGUGCAUCAUCAUUAUCUUUUGUCCUUAUUGAAAUCUACCAUUUUCAAUAAGACUAAUAACAAACAUAAGUUUAGUGACAUGCUAUCCAGAAUUUAUUUUUUGUUAAGUGCCAUGCCAAGCUGUUUUGAAGGGGAAAAAUCCAAAAACGUAGUGAAUGAAAUACUAACAACAUCACACCAGCUCUGCAAUAAUAAAGUUCUGGAACUUGAAAAACUAUAUACAUCUUUGUUAAGUCAUAGUUCUCCUAUUUUAUUGAAAAAAUUUUGUGACUUUGAAGUUGAAGAAAUUUUUGGUAACAGCAAUUCACUAACUGAUGACCCUGAAAAAGAAUGCUGCAUCCAAAGCAUUCUUCUUGGAAAUUUCCAUGAUGUUCUGAAUGUUAUGAAAGAUCCACUGUUGCAUCGGCUGAAAAAUCUGGUUCUUAUUUUGUCAUGGGAAAGAUGCUGUGAUAAUAUUUCAGCCAUGAAUGUCAUCAAAGCUGUUAAAACAUGGGAUGAGCUUCUCAUUGUUAAAAGGAGUUUUACAGAGACUGAUCCUUUUGAAAUUCAGAGUAAAACCAGACAAAUUCUCACUCAGCUGCAAACUCAUUCAGUUUUGAAAGUUAUUCAUUCAGCUUUUGGCAUAAAAAAUGUUUCACCUGAAAAAGUUAUGGAAAUAUUGAAAAUUUCUCAAAAAGAUGGUGCUAACAGCAGCUCUGUUCCUCAAUUCACCAAUGAAGUUAUAUUUUCUGGUUACUUAAUUCUAGUUUUAGUGCUGGAAGCUAUACACGCAAGUUGUGAAUUUAAGCGUGUAAUUAUGUCAAACAAAGUUAACUUUUCCAGCAUUUCAGAUGUGUCAGAAAUCUCUUUAACCAUGACGAAAAGUAAUGGUGAUGUAAAUAUGCCACCAAAAACUGAGUUUUUAGCUUCAUAUGUCAAUAAUCAUGGACCUCAUGAAGCUUAUUCUUUAUUUGUAGUAAGUAGACUACAAAAAGCAAGAAAUUUAAUCAAGAAACUUUUUCCUUUAUCAUUUCGAGUAGAGAUACUGGAAAAUAUUUUCUCAAUGCUCUUUUUGAUGCUGCAUCAUUUGUCUGACUCAUUAGAUCAAUGCUCAGAUUCUGACCAGGGAUGUGAAGGAGAAAGUUCUCAUGUAUCUACAAUCAUAGAAUCAUAUUCCAAGAACAAUAAAUCGUACCAAAUUGCAGAAGCACUGACAGGAAGAUUUUAUGUUAGCUCUGCUACAUUAAAAACUGAUGCUGAGUCAAGUACUGUGAACCAUGUUCAUAGUUCUAAGAGCACCGAGAGUAAUAGUUCUAGUGGAGUUCAACAAAGUAGCUUUCUGUGUAAUGAAUUUAUUACACAUGAUCUAUUGUCAUUGCUUAAAGACUUAGUUUUGGAAGCAAAAGCUGAAGUAUACAAAACCAUUGGAAAAAGCGGUGACAAAAAGGACAAUAUUACUGAAACUACAGAAUCACAGUGUCACAUCGAGUCUAAGGUGGAACAUAAUGGCUUUCUACUAAUCAAAAACUAUGAACUGCCCGAAAGAGCAUCAAAAUUAUUGCAGUACAUCAAUGAAGCUAUCUGGAGGUAUGAGGUUGUGAAAAGUGAUAUUUUCCAAGAAUCCUCAAGUAGCAGCUCUCUUCAGAAGAGAAAAACUCAUUUGCUUCCAUAUCAGUUUAGUACUUCUUCUUCAGAAGGUCCAGAAAAAGAAAAUAAGAAGAGGAAGAAAAAGAAAAAAUAUAAACGGGGUUAUGCAUCUCAUAAAAAGGAAUCUUUAGCUGAAUCAAGCAUCAUUCAGUGUAUGCUUUCUUCACCAGAAGCGCUUCUGCGAUAUUCUUUGUGGAGUAGAAAUUUAGUUCAAGCUAUUCAAGUUAUUAAACUAUUUCGGCUCCAGAGUUCCAACGAAGCAAAGGAAGUAACUCUUGUUCAAGAAUUAGAAAGGAUAUCACAAAAGUUAGCUGAAAGUGAAAAGUCUAAGUCAAAACCCACUAAAAAAGAACCUACAAAAAGUGAAGAUAACUCUAUUUUGUCUAACAUAUUAGCUAUUGAAGAAGCUGCAAUAAGUGGGCUGAGAUCUUCAGAAAUAUGUCUCACUGUUCACCAGGAGCUCAGCAGCCUUAGAAUAUCUGAACUCAUGGAUGUUACAGGAGGACAUCGUCAUCCAGAACUCCUUUUAGGGUCAGAAAACAUUUAUUCAAUAUUUCUAGCGGAUUUAAGUUAUGCCUGUAACGUGUCUGUGGAGUUAUCAUGCACUCUUCUAGACAUGGCAAACAAGAGUUGGAGCAAAUUAAACUCAACGCCAUCUGAACUCGAUGCUAAAUUUUCAUCUAGAAAAAAGAUGCCUUUGGUCAGAGGCAACUUCAAAACUCUAACUAUGGUAAAUACUUUGUUGAAAGAGUUUUUAUUAUUAUUUGACAAGGAUAACUUUCUGACUUUAUACACGUCAGUGUUCUGGCCAUUAAAUGAAAAAUUUAAGACUUCCUCUGAAACACUAGCUUGUUUCAUUGGGAGCUUAAAUUAUCAAACGUUUAGAGAAGAAGUGAACAGCUGGAAAAAUGUGUUUCAUCUUCUUAAAGAGUUUUAUGUUUUGAUUACUGAUGAAGAAACUAAAGAAUCUAAGGGAAUUUGUUUGAAGGAUAUAAAAAGAGAAAAUCAGUUACAUAUGUCGUAUAAAAUGUUAUCAAAAGCUCUCAGAGAUCUGAAAGAUUGGUCUUCAGAGAAAAUUCGACCUCAAAGUGUGAAAUAUAAUAAUUAUCUCAGCAGACUAAUAAUUCACUUGCAUCAAGUUACUGCUGCUGUUAUAGAUUGCAAAAAACAAAGUCUCAGCACUGGUUCAACGACCUACACUUCAGAUUUUUCUAUUUUAAAUGUAAGCCCUGUGGAACUGCUGAAAAAAAUUAUUUUACAAGAUGGUGUUACUCCUGAGAAAGUUGAAAACUUUGCUGUUCGCAUGAAAGUGGAUCUUGUUCGAGUUCUUGCUCAAGCUUGCUUGCCUCAUGUUCCUCUGCUUAAAGAAAAUGAUUCAUUUGAUAACCUCUUAGGAUUUUCUUGUCAGUCAAAUUCACAAGGAUAUCCUCUUUUUGUUUUAAAUGCACACAAAACAGAAUGGACCUCUCCCCGGCACCCAGAUACAGCUGCCAAAGAAUUACUUAAAGAUCUGCUGGCUAUGAUUCAAGAUACCACAAUUGCUAAUGCAUCUGAUGGAAUAUUUACUACAGAAGAAUUUAUCUCUUUAACUAAACAUUCAGAAAUGAUGAACUGGAUGGAGAAAUGCUCUGAACUAGCUUUUGUUGAUUUAGAUUUACUGCAGUCUAGAGAAGAAAAAAUUGCAUUUUAUGUGAAUGUCACUAAUAUAGCCUUCAUUUUUGCAAUUUUGCUGCAGGUUUCGUUGAAUAUUACCAAUGAUUUGAUGUUAUCAGAGAGUCCUUUAGAUCGUUUCAUUGCUCAGAAAAUCUUAGGUUUUUCUAUUGGGCAACUCGGUUUUAUUAGCUUAUGUGACUUGCGCUAUCAGUUUCUUCAUGCACAAAUGCCUGUUCCUAAACAUUUAGCUGCUCCCCCAUACUAUCAGCUCUUUGAAGAUUCUAAAGAAGUUUGGGAAAAAUACAUGCCAACGUUUGAACCAAGACUACUAUUUGUUCUUGUUGAUGGGUAUGCAUAUUCUCCAAAAUUACAAGUCAUGUACAGUAAAAUAAUCGAUGAUGAAUUAGAAGAAGCUAUGAAAGAUUAUUUUGAUUACAAUAUCAAAGUUGAUGUCAAAAAUGAAAUAGUUUCACUUCCCAAAUUACUGGAUUGGUAUGCCUUAGACUUUUCCAAAGAUGAGGAAAAUUGCUUGGAUAAAGCACCAUAUGAAGGUCUAAUUAAUUUAUUUUCAACACUUGUAAGACCUCAUCUUGCUGAAAAAUUUCAAUCAUUGUUCUCAGAAGAGUCCGCUCUCAAUCUUAGUGAAAAUAUAGAUUCUUCUGGAAGAAGGCAACUACCUUUUUCAUUGAAUUUUGAAGCUGAAUUGAAUACUGCAACGAUUAUUUUGAACUAUAAUUUUCCAAAAAAGGUGGGCCCUAAGACAGACGAGUCAUUUAUAUUAAUUGAUUCUCAGCCAUUUACAAUUGCCUACUUAAGAGAAAAGUGUCCUAUACUUACUGAACUUUAUGAAGCCAUGAUAGAUGGAAGCUCUACUCCAGCAAUUGAAACAAAAUCUUUGAAAACUUAUAAUGUCAAUUUCAAAGAUCCCAUUUUAAAUUUAAUGUUGUAUUAUAAAUGGAUGAAUGUAAAAGAUUGUAAUCUUUAUUCUUGGGUUUCCUCAGCCUUAAGCCCUUGUCCAGACAGGACUUUUACAAUCAAGCAAAUCGAAUCGUGUUUCCAUUUGAAUGAUUGGCAUCAGGCAUUAUUUUAUGUUGAUAUUUUCCUCCAAAAGUGUGGAACAAGAAAUGUUGCCUUCAAGCUCAUAAGACAGAAAAUAUUACAACAUAUGGCCAGCAUCAAUCCAGAUGAAUCUCCAGUUGUUCCAAGUAGUUAUGCUUUAUGCAUUAUUGAUUCCUUAUGUCGAUCAAGGACAGUGUUGCAAAAUGUAAACAGAUGGCCUGAACUUUCUUCUAUACAAGCUUUGAAGUACUGUUUGUCAGAUAAUAAGAUGUCUAAUUAUCCAGAAGCUUAUAAAUCUCUAGAGAAUAAGUUAAAAGAAAUUAUUUUAUAUAAAAAGAUUUUUGAUGCAUCUGAAAUGCAUGCAAGUUCUUAUGCUCAAGACUGUGUAUAUGUCUUCAACAACUGGCAAGAAAUAGCUGAUUGUUCUGUAUGGGAUCAGUCUAGAAUAUUAGAGUUUUUCAGAUUAUGUCAAAGAUAUGAUUUUGCUGUUGAAUGGACUAAACUUCAUGUCAUCAAUAAUCAGCAAAAAUAUUUGGCAUUAUCAAUGAAUAUGAUGUGGUACCUCAACCAAAGUCCUGUCGAAGAGCAAGAGGUUUAUAAAAUUCUAGACUCUUUUGAAAAUCCAGAUGAGUGCAUGACACUCUGUGAUGGGAUUUUGCCAGAAAUUUCAAGUGUAGAAGGGAAGCUGUGUUUGGUUCAAUAUUUGAUACAAUGUAACUUUCCAUCUGAAAAGCAUUAUGUUUACUUCAAUAUGUAUUUGGGUUUAAAAAUGCUUUCUGCUUUGAAUUCAUCUCACACAGAGAGUUACCAGGAUUUAAUUGCUCAUCCCUAUCUUCUACUAGAAGAAAUGUUGAUGAAUUUGGAGUUGAAAGAUGCCGAGCAAGCUCUAAAUGCAGUGCGCAGUGACUUAGAUUCCCUUUCUGAUAGCGAUAUUCCUGCUCUAAAUCUGGCAAGCGUAAAUCAGUUGGUAGAAGAUUACGCUUCUAAAGCUCUUGAAGUGCAUUUCCUUGAUGCUCUACUUGAUACUUCAUCAUCUAGCACCCUUGUAUUAAGUACAGAGGAAACUUUAGUUAGUGAUGAGACUUUUAUUAUGCCUCCUAAUGUUCCUACUAAGGAAGAAUGGGUUCCUGAUGCUUCAAUUCAUAGAUGUCAAGUUUGUAAAGCAGAACGAUUUAAUAUGUUCACUCGUCGUCAUCAUUGCCGCCGAUGUGGCAGAGUUGUUUGUGCUAAUUGCUCUCCUCAAGCUUUAAUUGUUGAAGGUUAUGGCAAUGUGAAAGUGCGUGUUUGUGAUGACUGUUACAAUUUGAUGACAGGCAGCAUGACUUUCAAUACAGCUUCUUUUGAAAGAAGAUAUCGUCUUCUUUCCACAAUGCAGUCUUCUAGCCCUCGAAGUUCUCCAUUUAAUGUUGUUGAUGCUCAUGCAUUGCGAAGAAGAUCAAGUAGCAUAACUGGUAAUCAACUACUGUUUCGAUGGGUGCUAUCAUCUGAUAGUGAACAAAAUGCUUCUGUUCGCAAUGAAUUUUCGUAUGAACAAGCUCCAAGUAUUUCGCUUUGUUCUUCUCUUCUUAAACUGCAUAAUGAUCCAAAAAGAUGUGCGUCUUUUAUGCUAAACCUCUGUGAUAGAUUACUUGGGAAAAUAAAACCCAGGCGUUCUGGAAAAAUACCACUUGAAAUUGACUACAGUCUUUUCAUUAGCAUGAUCAAAUCUCUGCUUAUUAAUGCGAAAGUAAAGUGCCACCAAGUUCAUGAUUCUAAAGGAGAAGCAUUGGCAGACAUAUAUUUCCAGCAUUUAGAUAUCAUGAAAUUACUUGUAAAUGCUAAUUGUAGGCAUCUUUUACCCAGAGAAGCUCUGACGAUUGGCGAUACUGUGAGAAAACUGCGAGAUAAACUGUUAGAAGAAGAAAGAAUGAAUCUAGCUCUUGAAGUUUCAACAAAAUUUAAUUUAGAUAAAACUGGCGUUUGGUCAACUUGGGGAUUAUUUUGCUUGAGAGCUGGAGAUUGGCAAACUGCUAGAUUGAAAUUUCAACAAUUUUUAAAGAAAAUUGGUGAUAAAACUGCUCAAGCUCAAGAAAACCCAUUAUUAAACAAAAUUUUGAAAGUCUUAGAAAACUCUAAACAUGACGGAAAUGACAAAGCUGCUGCUAUAUAUAAGGAUUUAUCAAGUUUGAAAAACAUAGAAAAAGGAUUAUCAGAGGCUAAAAGUGAAAUUGUUCCCCUGAGUGUGUCUGCUAAAAAGGAAUGUUUAUUUUAUUUAAACAUGUAUGGAAGCCAUCUGUCAACUGUGCAGUUUUAUUAUAGGAAUGACCUGAAACUUGAAGCUUUGAAUUACAUAUUAGAAAAGAAAUGCGAGGCUGAUGUAUUUAUUGAAGGUCUGUUUAUGCCUAUGCUCAAAAAUGCUGAAUUUUCUGUUCUUAAGCAACUUUUGACUCAAGCUGAUCCAUCAUUAACAUCAUGGUGGAAUUAUACAUUUUCUACUUGUCGUCAUUUGGAGCGCUUAGAGUACUUCAAUGUACUCUAUGAAUUGCAGCUGUUUAUGGAGGAUUAUGUACGUGCUGCUAAAAGUGCUAUAAAUUUUUAUUUGAUGGGUGCUGCUACAUAUGGAACUUUAUUUGAGCGACUACAUUAUUUACAUUCUGCAAAAAGGCAUUAUGAAAAGUAUUUGAAAUUACAUGAAAAUUCUGAUAUGAAUGAUGUAUGGAAGAAGAAAAAGAAUGUAAAAAUAAUAUCCAGCAAAGAGGCUGAAAGCUACAUUGAAGUGAUUGCUCUUCAAGAAGAAGUUACAAAAUUUGUUCAAGGUGUUGAACUAUCAAAUCAAGCAGGCAAGGAACAAACUUUAAAGUCAAAAGUUCUUCCAACACUUUUAGGAAAUUCACUGAAGAAGUCAAAAGUGGUUAUAAUGGUGAUAUUAAAAGCUCUUGAUUUAGAUGAAAGAUUUGAAUUGGCUGUGAAAAUAAUUAAGAUAUUUCAUCUGGAUGCCUUAUCAGUUCUGUGCAAUACUGUAAAAGAGCUUAUUUUACAAGAUAAAAAAAUACAAAUUCCUCAUUUUUUGACCUGUGUGAAGUGUUUCUUUUCUGAAAUUGUAAAAGUGGAUGAAGUUAUUUUGGAAUGUGUUCCUUCAUUAAGUGAUCAAGGUAAAGAAGUUGAAGAUAUCAUCAAAAUGUUGAAUAGUGAUACAAAUAAGAUUAAUGCUUAUUUGAUGUGUGGCAAAUUGAAAUCUGCAUACUUGCUUGCCAUCAAGAUGAACAGUGCUUUAGAUGUGAGACGAAUAAUGGUAGCGGCAGAGCAAAGUGGUCAAGACUCAAUUCAACGAUUUUGUAGAAAAUGGCUUGAAACUAAUUCACAAAAAUUAAAGCCAAAAGAAAGCACCUUUCAAUAAUGGAGAACUCUAUCAAACUAUUUCAUGACAUAUCAGUUUUUUAAAUGAUUAAUACUUGUAAAUAUUGCUUUAAAAUAUUUUAUUACAUAAUUUUAUGUGAUUAUGUGCCUUGUUGAUUUUAAUUUAUUGCAACUGAAAGUUUUAUGAUUGUAAAUGUGUGAAAAGUGUAAUAUAUGUCUUCUAUAAGAAUUUUUAAAUCAUAAAUGUUGUAUUUUAAAAAUAUUUAUUUUUGUAAUAAAUGAGAUCUGUAUCUAAAUUUAAGGUACAUUUAUACUUUUUGUGAGUGAUGUUUAAAAAUCAAGACAUAUAUUUAAAAAAAAUUUUUCCCUGAAUUGAAUGCCAAAUCAGAGAUACAGACUCUGAGGUUGUUGCAGUGCUUGAGCUACCCUGUUUGUAGGGGUGCUAGCCACUAGGGGUAUGGGAAAUUAAAAUUUUAUGCCUCAACAGGAGUUUUAGUUCAAAUUUUAUUUUAGCUUUUAAAGGGCAAACUACUCUCCAAGCUGUAUGUGCUCCCUCUUGGAUGAUUUUCUAAGAAGAGAUGUAAAAAAUUGAUAGGAUUCCUAACAUGUCAUGCUGAAUUUAGCUCCCUUAGCUUUUAUAAUCAACUUUUAAAAGCUGCCAAAUUUUAUUUUUCAUUAUAAUUAAGUGAUGUACAAAAAUGAAAAAUUAGUGGUUAGUUAUUAAUUGGUCAGUUUUAUUUUUUGCAUAAAUUUUAGAAGUAUGAGAUGAUAAAAAUGCUUUUAGUGAUUUUAUUGCUUGUGUUUUAUUGCUGAGACUCAUUUAUGUAUUUAGAGCAUACUAAAAUUUUCCUCAAAAAAAAAUGUGACCAAUAUAUGUUAGCAUUUUGACAACAUGUUGCAUUGUUUUACAAAACUUUUUUUUUUUUUUUAAAUUGAGGAAUUUAAAACUGAGUAUUUCAAGUGAAUGCUUAACAUACAUAAGUUGAAAAUUUCUUUAAAAACAUGAAACUGCCAAUAAUUUUGGUAAAUUAAAUUAAACAAGAAUUAAUGAAUGCAUGCAAUUUAAACAAAAAUAUUCGAAAUGUCAAAUUUUGAACUUUUAUCCAGAUGAUUUAUAGUCUUUUUGAUGUCAAAAGUGCAUGCUAUUUGAGACUUGUUAGCAGCAACUGUUUGAUAAUGCCUCCCCCAAUAUACUGAAUAAGUCUAGAUAGCUUAAUAUAGGCAGAAUUUUUUGAUUGUAUAUUGGCACAGAAUAUCCUUUAAAGAUUUAAAAACAUGUUUCUUCCUGUUUCAAGUUUUUUUUUUUUUUUUUUUGACCUCCCCC